AUGAUAUUUUUAUUCGGAACUGCUACAUCAAAUGCUACAUGUAUAAGUUCAACUGGUGUUUUCACAAUCAUCAAGGAUAAAGGAAAUUAUACAGAUUCCAUAACCAAGUGUCAAAACCUAGGCGCAGAUUUAGCAGAUGUUUUAACUGAAACUAGAACCAAGCAGCUGGCGAGUUUGGUGAAGAGUACAGUUGGUUCUUGGUAUAAGGCUAGUUACGUAGGUUUGGAUGACUUGCAGAGUAGAGGGCUUUUCGAAUCAUCUAACGGAAAUCAUAUAUAUUGCACUAAAUACAGAGCUUGGGGUCCUGGCCAUCCCAGGAUCAAAAAGGAAAAUUAUAACUGUGUUACUUUACAUUCCGAUAGAACCUGGAAAGUAGUUCCUUGCAACGUGGAGCUCACAGCUAUUUGUGAGUUCAUACCAGAAUCUCCAUCCGUAGAUGAGUUCGAUGAGAGAUAUUCGUGUAAUAAAAUAUCGAAUAGAAGAAAAAAGAGAAGAUGUUUAGCCAAUAAGGAAUCAUUGAGGAAGCUGAUUGAACGAUCGACUCGAGAGGAUAAAUGUGCUCUCCUUAACUAUGAUAAAGAUCUAAGUCAAAUUUGA